ACAAGUGUGUUAAUAUUUAGGAAAUGAUAAUCUAAAUUUUUAUGUGUUCUUCUGACUUUGAUUUGAAUUUAGAAUUAUCUUUAUUGUGGAGCUGAAACAUACAUCAUAUUUAUUACUAUUUGUUAUUUCUUUACCAUUACUAUGAAAAGAACAGAGCUCUUUUGAUCCGAGUAGAUUUGAGACGCACUAACUUGACUAAGUGACUUGUUUUGUUUUGCUAAAUAUAUAGUAUAACGAAGUAGCAAUGUUUUCAGCGACUGCUCAUCAAGUAGCGACAGCACUUGGAAAAGACACGUUAUUACCCGUACCAAGUAUAAACACAGCAGAUAAUAUUGAUGUUCUUAGAGUAGUUAUAAAGAAACGUAGAAAAUGGUUAUUUUUUUCCAGGAAACCACACUAUGAAGCAACUGAAUUUACACUCUCCGAUUUGUUGGUUAAAGAUAGCAGUGGCCUAGGAAUCAAAGAUGUUCCUACAGAUACCCAUGUCCUAACAACAUAUAACAGCAAGACAGAUUUUUCUCUAAAGGGAAAAUUUGGUGCCGAUUUAACCAAAGAAUUACUGGACGUGAAACUUGGGACGGCGGAUGCUGUGAAUGUCAGCAGUCAACUGGGAACACUGAUUAAAACAGAGCUAACAACACCAAAACUUUUAGCUCUGCUUUGUCAUAAAAAGAUAAAUAUUGAUCAUCCUAUUGUAAAAGUUGCGCGAGGAGACGGACGUAAAUCAUUAUGUGUGAUAACAUCAGUCAUACAGUUACAAGAUGAUGGAAUAAUAUCCAGUCAUGUCAAUUUAGAUGUUAGUGGUGAAAUGGAUUCCAAGCUUGCAGAUGUAGAUACUGAUAUUAAUGAAGACAAGUCGAAAUCCAUGACGAUACCAAAAAAUACAACAAUGGCUUUCUCUAUGAUUGAAUUAUUAAUCUCCUUAAAAGAUGGUGCGUUUGAAUUAUUGCUAUCACCUGAUGAUGAUGGGGGUUUUACAGAACACGAAGUAGAGUCUAUAGAUGGAAAUUUUAAAGAACGUGGAACAAAAGAUCUGUUUAAUGUGAUAAGGAGUACAGAUAAAACAAAACAAGCUUUAUUGGCCGUUCAACAAUUAUUAGAACAACCAAAAUCUAUAAAACCUCUUAAUGAACUGUUCCGUGAGGUUGAAGUGAGUCUUGAUUUAGAUAUUCCACGAAUGUACACCAUGGAAGAUCUUCAACAGGAUUUUAAUCUGGAUCCAAAUCACACUUGUCUCCCAUUUCUCAAUAUUGCUGAUUUUGUUGUCACUGAUGAAAGUAUAACUAUACCAGAUAGUUCAUCAAGUGGUGUAUUUGAUGCAUUUCAUCUAUUGUUAACAUUAUUAGAUGAGUUAGAUGAUGGUGUUAUUACACAGUUAUCUCUAGCUUUAAUGGUUACCGAAACAACGAGAAAAAUAUUACCUAUUUUGAAGAAAUUGGUUGACAGUAAAGAAACAGUGAAGUUGACAAAAGAAGAAGUCGAGAACAUUACAGCCAUACCAAUAGAUUCACUCUUGACAGCCCUCAACAUUAAAAUUCAAAAUGAUAGUCUGGAUGUUCCUACUGAUAGUAGACUAGAUUUACAUGCUACUUAUCAAAUUCUUGAUGCUCUUCUGGGUUAAAGCCAAAAGCUUACAAUGCUCAUGCUUUGAAACUGAAAUAUGCAAGCAUAGCGGUACACAUGAGACUUAUCAUGUGUAUAUAUUGUUACUAGGACUUGACCAAAUCAUCAUCACUAUCAAUCUGUAGCAAAUAUUUAUAGUUCAUUUUUGAAAAAUAUUUGUUACAUUUUGCGUACAUUCUGCUCUUUGAAGCAUUUCCUGUCUAUUAAUGACAAUAGUAUCAGGGGUUUUAUUCUUUUUAAUAUUCAGAGGGUGUCAAUUUCUUUGUGAGCUAAAUAAAUUUAAAAAGUUUCACAGUAGUGAAUGCAUACCAGUGUCAAAUUAAAAAAAAAAUAAAUCCAUUAUUUUCACUGUAAAGAAUAUUCGUGUUUUAGGAUAAUGAAAACAUUUGUUUGUCAGCGUUUAUUUGACUAUUUGUACUUAGAUUAUUUCCGAUAUAUAAACUUUUGUUGGAGUAUCUUUCCCGUAAUCACGAAACGCUUGAAAAGUAAUAUGCAUGUAUUUGAAAAGUAAUUUUAUAAUUAUUUUUAUGAUUUAGUAUUAAUUCAUAUCUAUGCAUGUUAUAUUUAUUUUCGUAGUUCUAUUUAUGGAAGAUCACAAGAAUAGCUUUUUUUUUAAAAAAUUAUUCCUUUACUUAAAGACAUAUUGUCAAAUGUGGUGAAUUUAAGAUCUACUUAAAAGGGGCAUUACUUCACGGCUAAUUCCUGGCUUUACAAUACAAUGACAAUAAUAACUGUGGUUUUCAGGAAAAACCUGCAAAUAACAUGCUUAAAGAUUGAGAGUUCACCAUUGAGAGCUCACAACAUCAAAUAACAUGUUUAAACAUUGAGAACUCACAACAUCAAAUAACAUGUUUAAACAUUGGGAGCUUUUGUCAAAUUGUAUUGUUUAAUACAACUGUAAUAUGUGACAUGAAUGUUUUUAAGAUUUAGAAAGAAAGCAUAUGCAUGUAGCUGCAUUAAAUGGCUGAUCUUUACUAAGCCAUUUCCAUCUUUCUUUCAAGUUUACCAAAUAGUUUUUUGGGUUUUUUCUAAGAGAAUAAUAUUAAUCCUGUAUUUUUUUUUUAUAUGUUUUAUGACCUGUAAUCUCAUUUCUGAAGUGAGUAAUGCUGUUAAAGGUGAAAUAACUCUUUCUAAUUGUCCUUUGAUCCAUAUUAUCUCCCCUUAGACCACAGAUAUAUAUAUAUAUAUAUAUAUUUUUAGAAUUCAGUCAGUAUUAUGUGACACUGUAUAUGGAGUUUUUGUGAAGAUAUCUGUGUAUAUAUGGUUGAUUAAGAGUCAGUAUGAUCUAAUAAUGGCAGAACUGUACGUGAUUUCCAGUAUAAUCAAACAACUUUUCUAAUAUUGUUAAAAUUCAUCUACUUAAAUUAUCCAUUGUUUAACAUUUAAUUAAACAAACAAAAUCAAAAUUUCAAUGGUGGAUAAUCUCGCGGCUUGGAUUCAAUCGCAUUAAAGUGAGGCUCAUCAAAAUUUUUUAGCAAAUAUUAUAGGUCGCUUUUGACCAUAUCGUAUCAGCCUAUAGAAAAUUCCAUAAAAUAUUUUUUAAGACUUUAAAUAUGAAGACAGUUGAUUGGCUGUUUAACCUCAAUCAGUAUCAUAUAGCAGUCACCGGUCCAUAACAUGUCUUUAGAAGUCAAUGGAUUGACAAAUAAAUUGAACAAAAAUAGCAUUUAGUUUUAGUCAAAUUGUUACCUAAAUAUUUCUCGUUACCGGUAGUGCUCAUUUACAAACUUUUUACCUUAUUUUUUUGGAGUUUCAUUUACAUUUAUUUAUUUAUUGUUUUGAACAUAAAUUUUGAAUUCCAUGUAAUUUUUGAUUUUUACAAAUUUGUAUUGUAUUGUAUUUUACAAAUUUGUAUUGUAUUGUAUUUUACAAAUUUGUAUUAUAUUGUAUGUAGUUUAUUGAAAUUUGUAAUUUAUAAUCUGUAUAAUGUCUGUUUUCAUUUUGAAAGAAUGCCCAAAUGAUGAUGAACAAAAUUUAAAACAGGAAAGAUCCGCUCCCAUUUGCUAAUUCUCAAUAUUAGAAAUCUUAUGGAGUAAAUAGCUGACAGUCUUUGUUGUUAAUUCACAUUUUCUAAGGCUUGAUUACACCAAAAUACUAUCCAACAUUUCCUAAGGCUUGAUUACACCAAAAUACUAUCCAACAUUUCCUAAGUCUUGAUUACACCAAAAUACUAUCCAAUAUAAACUGCAUUGAUAUAUACCUAUAUAUCUUAAUGAGAUUAUUAGAAUUUUACAGGUGAAUUUUAAAUAUUCAACAAUUUUAUUCAUACAACAAACCGGUAGGAUGUGAAUAGCUUUAAUUUAUAUGAUUUUAUGUUGGUGAAGGAGUGAAUCUCUUACUCAACAACAUAAGUUGAUGUCAUAAAAUCUGAGCAAUUUUACUUUCUAGAUGACCUGAUAUAUUCAUCACUCAAUAUCAUUUUAAAGUUAAAAAAAAAGAAAUAUAACUGGAAAUGUUAGCCAAAAUCAAGUUUACUGGAUAUCUUAGUAAAAAACAAUUUGAAUGAAUAUCAUCUAGGAGAUUAUUACACUGAAUAUGAUUGGGUAAUGAAUAUCAUCUAGGAGAUUAUUACACUGAAUAUGAUUGGGUAAUAAAUAUCAUCUAGGAGAUUAUAACAAUGAAUAUGAUUGGGUGAUAAAUGUAUAAUACCUAUGAUUAUAUUUUAAAAUCAAUUUCCUUUUUUUUUAUUUACAAUUUUUUCUAUUUUUUAUCACUGGUUAUUUUGCUUAUUGCAUUUUUACUUCACACUCUUAAUUGUAUUUGUUCAAUAUUUCAAUUCUAUUUGUUCCGAUACUUCAGCACUAAUUGUUCAAUUUUUCAACGCUAUUUGUUCUAUAUUUUAGUGCUAUUUGUUCAAUAUUUCAACACUACAUGAUCAAUAUUUCAGUGCUAAUUGAUCAAUAUUUCAACACUACAUGUUUAUGAUUGUUUGUAACCUCCAAUAAUAAGACUAGCGAAACUUGUGACAUGGAUAAUGAAAUGUUUAUAUUGUUUAAAGUUACAUUAAUAUCACAUCUUUCUCAGUUUUGUUUUGUUGCUAGAGAAUUAGUUAAUGUGAGCAUGUUGCGAUAUUUAAUAUUUGGCUUUAUAUUUAGUUGUAGGAUUACCUAUACCGACAAGAGGCUUCUCAUAUUUUUUAUAUUUUCACUCAGCUAUCAGGUCUCUUUUAUAAUAAAAAUAUUGCACCAGCAGAA